ACUUUUUAGACAAUCUAAUCUAAGUGAGUGCGUGUGCCGUGUUUUUAUUUUUACUAAUCUUUUAAACUUCUUUCAGCAAUCCUUUUUCAAGCAGUUUUAUGGUUCUGUGACAAAAUCAGACUAUGUGACAUUAAGACUCGGGUUCAUUAUGACUCACUGUAAGACAAACCCAAAGUUUGAUUUUCACAAGUACAUGAUCCGUGCCCUUGAAGAUGAUUUCAAGAUAGUUGUUGGCAUAAGUUGGUAUCUUUGGCUCUUUGUGGUCAUCUUCUUGUUGUUAAAUAUCAAUGGUUGGCAUACAUAUUUCUGGAUUGCUUUCAUUCCAGUUAUUGUAAGCACCUUAAUAAAACUUUUACCCUUUUAUUGUUCAUUUUCAUGACCACACAUUUAGUUUACUCAGCUUCCAAUUAUUUUUCUCUAUAGCUUUUCCAAUUAUUAUUUUACUCUUGGUAAUAGAAGAGUCAUAUGCUUUUGCUAGUGUUGCCCUUUCUAUC